AUGGACAUCCCUGAAUCAGUCCAACCAACAGUCAACAAGAUGGACAUUGAUGAUUCCCCUGUUGUCGAACCAGAACCCAGCGCCCCUUCAUCACCACCUCCCCCUCCUUCAAACCCUCGAUGCUCCAUCUGUCUCCACUCCCAAAGCCCAGGCCCAUCUUCUGCUUUCAUCUCCAGUGUCCACACUGCUAACACCUUAGAUGACAUUGAGGAGGAUGUUGAAAAUGGUGAUGACAAAAUGCCUAGCAGGUCAAGUCCAAUUGGUCCAGGGCGCAUUGCCAAAUAUGAUAAUGAGGUUGAAGGAUUGCCAUCAUAUUACCGCAACCGGUCUAGGACCAACCCAGAUAUUGAGGGAACUGAACCGGACCACCUAGGACCGGUCUUUUGCGGUCCAUGGACCGCGUUCAAACCGAUUCAGACUGGUCUUUUUGUGUAA